ACGCGCAGUCACAGCAAGCGGGUUGUUACGCCUGUAAUGGACUGGCUGAGCACAAUGCCCUUUGGUACCCAAGCAGGGAAGCAAGACUAGAAUGCUGUCACGCAUCUCCCUCUCAUGUACCUGUGAAGUGCACAGGAAUCCCUUGUAUCGCCAUUAGGGGUGUGGGAGCGCGAGGGAGCGAUUUUUGGGAAGGUCUUCCCCAGGGCACUGCCAGGCUCUGCUGCUGGUUUAUAUGAGGGGGAGGUUUCAGCGUGGGUGCGAGGGACGGCGCGUUUCCAUAGUGAAUCAAUUAGAGGUGUAUUCAAGCCUGGGAGCUGGAAUAAGCAAAUCGCUCUGGCCAUUGCUUAUUUUACUGCCGUGCACGCUUAGUCGCACCAGGCAUAGUCCUCUUUUGUGCGACCGGAUGCACUGACUUGUCUCAGGGAGGAUGUCAGAUUGCUCUUCCACAGCCUUUCGUUAGGUCAUUUCCCCUGGAUGAUGAUGUGACUUUGGUAACCCUGCAGCUGCCCAAAAUAAAAAGGUUUGCAUGAAAAGGACUACUUUGUGCUUAGAUAUUCACACCUAAGCCCUCUCUGUAAAUUAUUCAACCCCAGGCACUGAAGCAGACAAUGAAAGACAGCAUGUCUAACAAUAGCACAACUAGUAUAUCUCAAGCAAGAAAAGCAGUGGAACAACUUAAAAUGGAAGCAUGUAUGGACAGGAUUAAGGUGUCCAAGGCUGCUGCUGAUUUAAUGGCCUAUUGUGAUGCUCAUGUAAGAGAAGACCCCCUAAUUCUUCCAGUGCCUGCAUCGGAAAAUCCUUUUAGGGAGAAGAAAUUCUUUUGUACCAUUCUUUGAAUUGGUCUUAGUCAAAUAUCCAUAUAGUUUAAGCAUGUCAUCUGCUUAACAGGACUUUACCAAGGUUGUUAACAACUGAAACCAUAGUCUCAGAAUUUCUAGAAGCACAAGGCAUUGUCACCAGAGAUAUUUAUGUGAUUUUGUUUAUUUUUUAUCUUUAAAUCAAGGUAGUAAUCAUUGUGCUAAGACAUUCAUGAAUAUAGGAGCAGAAAAGGCAUGUAACUGUAAAAAGCACAUAUUCAGCAAUAUUAAUUCAUGGAAGUAUUUCAUUUCUAUUUGAGUAUUUCUUCAUGUUUUUAUAAUAUUCAAACAUGUUCAAAGGGAGACUGAGGAAAAAAAUCAUAGAGGUUUUACUCACUGAAACUUUUCUCCAAUGCCAAACUACAGCCACAACUGUAAAUACUAACUGUUUUAUAAGGUAUUAGCAUUUUGUUAUUUUUGUAAUGGAGAAGCCUACAGUUUGUUUUGUUUUGUUAUGUUCUUUUACUAGUUAAAUGAAUGAAAUGUCAUUCAGUUUUAUGAAUAGUAAAAUUGUACUUAUUUAAAGUGAAAGUUAAAAAAUGUCAUAAAGGGGAUUUUGAUAAAAUAUAUGUGUAUUCUUUACAGCAUUUUGAAAUCCUGUCUAGUGUAAUAACAAACAGCAUGCUUUGCAAGUGUCAAUCUUUUAUCCUUAGGAUAAUUAUGUAUUAUUUCGAGAAACAUAUUUUAAUUUCAGUAGUGUUUUAGAGAAUUAUAAAAUAAUUCAUUAGAUUUGUUUCAUUUUUAUUGUAAGACCAUUGUAAUGAGAAUCUGAAUUUAUUAAAACACUAUAGGGGUCAUUUAUGUCUGCAAGUGCAUUGGGCUAAGUGCAAUUUCAAGCAUGAUCGCCAUGUUAUACCCUCAAUGCAGAGUUUUUCUCCAUGAUUGUUGUAUAAUUCCAGCAUAAUAGUGGUUGUACUUCAGUACGAAUCAAGAGCAAUUGCACUGAAUCCUUUCCAUGUCUGGUUGUCAUUUCCAGCAUUUGGUGUAACUGUGCUGUGUCAAUUGCUGCAGGGAGGGAACCUGGAGCUACCAUCUGGUUUGGAGGUGGUUGUAGCUCCACAGUUUCCCUGCAUCAUAAGGUACACCUAGGGGAAAUUUGAAACAUAAGGUAAGAGGAAAGCAUCAGCACUGAGGGCAUCUAAACAAAAGGGCAAGGAGCGCAUAUUGAAACACGUACCUUUGAAGGGGUUGUACAUCUUGGAGUGAACUUAUAGUAUGAUGUAGUGAGUGAUAUUUUUAGACAAUAUGCAAUUGGUGUUUUUGCGGUUUCUGAGUUAUUUCGAUAUUUAUUCAGCAACUCUCCAAUUUGCAAUUUCAGCAAUGUGGUUGCUAUGGUCCAAAUUACCCUAGCAACCACCUAUUGAUUUGAAUAAGAGACUGGACUAUGAAUAGGAGAUGGUCUGAAUAAAAAGAUGAGUAAUACAAAGUAGCUCUAAAUUUGUAGAAAGUUGUGUAAAUUUGAUAUCUGGGACAAGUCAGAAGAAAAAGGCAAAUAAUUUAAAAACUUUAAACAAUUAGGACCAAUUGAAAAGUUGCAUAGAAUUGGCCGUUUUUUAACAUACUAAAAGUUAAUUUAAAGGUGAACCACUCCUUUAAUGAAUGGGAUUUUGUAACUGCCCUUGUGGUAUAAUAUGACCCCAAAUGUAUAAUUUUGCAAAUAUGUGUCCAUAGUUCACAGUUGCCCUUCAUUUUCACGAACAGCCCCUACUGUUUUGAAUUGCUUUCUAGGUAAACAUCCCUGAUUUUUAAAACAGAUCAGCUGCACAGAAGUAUUUUAAUUAUCAUAUAGCCACAAAUCAGAUCUCAGGGUUCUUGGUUUGAAACCUACAGUUAUUGGAAAGGGAUGCUUAAAACUCAGCCUUAUUGCUAUAAGCAUUUGAAUUACCCUUAGGUUGUUUGUUAGGUAUGGCAUAUGGUGUUCUCUUUGUACGCAGCUCAUGUGUGAUGCAGGAGGGUCAGUAGCAAAAUGUUCCUGUAUAUUUGUUUGAAUGUUGGUAAUUGUAUUUGUCUGACUAUUCAGCUGACAUUAGAGCUUUUCGUAUGUUGUUGGCUGAUGAGCCAUUGACCAUACCCUCAAUUCUUGUUUGAACUAGGGGUGCUUUUUUGACAAAAGGCAAACUGAAAAAGCCAUUCCUGGUAACUUCAAGGGGCGAGGGGGGUGGCAUGUUAUAGGUAGCCUCAGUACAGCACCCAGGGCAGCCAUCAGGGGGGGA